AUGUCACGUCAAAUGUCUGACGAUCCCUAUGGACCAUCUCGUCAUCAUGUAACUCUUCAAUCGCAUCAAUCAUCGAAUAGUUCAUCUAGACGAAAUAUACCUCCAGCACCAAGAGAUUUUGCUUCUCAAUCUACCUUUCAAUCCCAUCCGCAAAGAAAUAUUGCGUUUCCUCCUUCUCAUUCUUCUCAUCACUAUCAUGGAGAAUAUUCAAAUUCCGAUGGAUAUCCAAAUUCAAUAAGAUUAUCAUCCAAUCGUAUGAACAAUGUAUAUGACAAUCAACCGGAUCGACCAUAUCGAUUAGAACCUCCUCCUAUGCAUUCGCCUGUACGUCAUUCUCAAUCAUAUCAUGCUGACCAUCAAAAUCUUUCGCAUUCAUCUAAUCGUCAUUAUUUUAAUAGUCAACACCCAUCACCAGACUAUUCUUUGGCUUCUCAAGUAUAUCGUCAUGAUCAAAAUUAUCCAACAUAUGAAAGAAAUUCUGAUCAAUAUGAUCGAAGAUAUCAUCGAGAAGAAACUCAUCCCUCCCAAUCCUAUCCACUACAUUCAAGCCAUCGAUCGGUCGAUAUUCCAUUAGAACGCCAACAUUCAAAUCCUGUUCGAUCUUUCGAUCAUCCUUCCUCUUCCUUGCAUAAUCUGCCAAUUGGUCGAUCGUCUGAUCCAACUUCUAUUCUAAAUCAUGUUCUACAUUCACCCUUCCGCAAUGAUGAUGUUAAUCGUUCAACUUUAGAUCCAAUGAGUCUAUUUGCUGCUGCAUUGAUGAUGGGAAGGCCUGAUGUUUUUACUGCUCCUGGUGCUCUUCAUAUUCACUUUGGGGACCUAUUCGAUUUACUUCCUCGUGGUGAGCCACCUUCCGUUGGUCUCUGCGACAAUGAUAUCGAACGUUUACCUACGAUGACCUAUCGAAAAACAAGUAAAUCGAGCUCCACUGACGAGAAAUGUGCAAUUUGUUUAAGUGAAUAUAAGACGGGUGAAAUUGUCAAACGUUUACGAUGCAAACAUUUCUUUCAUCCCGAAUGUAUUGAUCCAUGGCUAAAGACAUCAACGCAAUGUCCAAUCUGUCGUCGUCAACAAACAGAUUAA